UUAAUUACUAAAGAUAGGUGCCUCCGGCCCCAUAUAUGGCCGCGUCAAACUAUAAAGACGUUGUGAGCCCGCGGCAAGACGCAGUUGCGAGUUCAGCUGCCCUCCCGCCCCCAGAUUCCAAAUUUCUAGAAUUCUCGAUUACCGGGCUCGCCUGUAUUAUUUCAGUGCACGAUCUAAUAUGAAGCCUGUCUAUAUUAUUGCGGGCCUGGCAUACGGCCUCUUGGUCGACGCCAGGGAUAUUCCAGUGGCUGGUCUUGCGGCUCGGCAGCGCGGCGGCGGUGGUGGCGGAAGGGGUGGAGGCGGGGGCGGCCGAGGCGGCGGCGGAGGCGGCUGGGGAGGUGGAGGAUACGGGGGCGGCUGGGGAGGUGGAGGCGGGUACGGAGGUGGAGGCGGGUACGGAAGUGGAGGCGGAAGCAGCGGAGGUGGAAGCAGCGGAGGUGGUAGCAGUAGUGGCAGCAGCGGAGACGCUGAUCAGUGCACCUGGCCAGAUCAUUGUCUGGGUGAUGCCUGCAACGUCGAGACGGACUGCGAUGGCUGGCUCGGCUGCGUCAACGGGCAAUGCGCAAACGUGCUCUCGAGCGCCCCGGCUCCGGCCCCGACCCCAACACGGAGUGCCACCGCGACCGCCGCCCCGACCGCCCCGGUAUCCAUCCCACCUUCGCCGACCUUGCCGGCGGGAGCUGGAUCUGCCUGUGGCAACACCCCUCUGGACUGUAUCGGGUUUCCUUGCAAUGCCGAUACCGACUGUGGCUUCAGCUUGAUAAUCUGCAAAAACGGUUUCUGUGGCUUGUGAGCGCACAAUGGUCAUCACACUAGGGGGAAAGUGACAUUGCCAAGCAGCCGGGGGUGGCAAAACACAAAAAUAGCAAUCACAGGGGAGGCAGUGGAGUUUUGGAAUUUUACUGAAAAGUCUUUUUAUUGCUUGCCCGAAGCCAAGAGGGCCCACGGCAUUGGGCGUUAGUUAUGGAAAUUCAUGGACGUUCAUGGAAGUUCAUGGAAGAUUUGUUGUAUUGCGCGAUUCAAAAUAGUAUUCGAGUGACAACCCCUUAAUUAUCGAGGUGGCUGCUAUAUUUCGUACCAUGUCCUUGUAACCUGGGCACCUUACAUUUUACC